AUGUCCAGGCAAUCGAACCGAGCCACAGACAACAAGAAAAUGAACUCUGAAUUGUUCACUUUAACGUACGGGGCUUUAGUCACACAACUUUGUAAAGACUAUGAAAAUGACGAGGAAGUCAACAAGCAGUUAGAUAAAAUGGGAUAUAACAUUGGAGUUCGUUUGAUUGAGGACUUUCUGGCACGUUCCAGUAUUGGCAGGUGUCAGGAUUUCCGAGAAACGGCUGAUGUGAUUGCAAAGGUGGCUUUUAAAAUGUACCUUGGGACUACUCCGAGUGUGACUAACUGGAGCCCUGCAGGAGAUGAGUUUUCUCUAAUUCUGGAGAAUAAUCCUCUGGUGGACUUUGUGGAGCUGCCAGACAACCACAGCACCCUCAUCUACUCCAACCUGCUGUGUGGCAUCCUGCGAGGAGCUCUGGAGAUGGUGCAGAUGGCUGUAGAUGUAAGGUUUGCCCAGGACACUCUGAGAGGGGACAAUGUGACAGAAAUUCGCAUGAGGUUCAUCAAAAGGAUUGAGGAGAACCUUCCGGCUGGAGAUGAAUGA